CGUCACUUGUUAUUGAUUACCUUGUAGUAAUUCCAGGACAAGGUCUACUAGGUAACGUCAAGUCCAGAGAGUUCCUCUCCUACUAGAUCCUUCUGAAGCUUCGAAUUAUUCUCAGCUUGUACAUCUUUUGAGAUUAACAAGAUUUUCUACUAAUGACUAUGCAAGGACAGUACGACCCGUUGCCACGAGAGGCCCCACCCCCUCCCAGGAUGGACGGGUUUGGUAGUGCGGGGAUAUCCACUCCUCUCUUUUAUGGCUCUGUGAAUGACGGACGAAUGAGAACGGAAAAUUUGGAACAGAAACUCAAGAAGCAGUAUUGGAAGACAAAGCAGACUUUCAUUCAGAAGCUGGGCAAGAAUCAGGACGAGUUUGUGGUGGCUGGGGACGUGGAGAUUGAUAUGAAGUUAGAGAAAGCCUACCACUUGAGGUCCACCUCUAUUGGCCUCCUGCAAGCAAUCAGCAAAUACUCCUCGAAAAUCAAGCAUCUGUCUCAUGAGGAGGAGACGAUGGGCCGCUAUCUGAUGAAGUGGAGUGAGACAGAGUACACCAAUGCGGGGGAGAUCAUGAAGAACGUGGGCAAGAUGCAAGAGAACGACAGCCAGGCCAGACUUGGCAUGCUCCCCUCGUUGGCACGACUACGGAGUGAAUGUGGUGUGUUCCAAACCACUGCCAUUAGAGACCUCAACGUCUCCAUCGAGCGUCUGGAGAAGGCUAGGACCGACUAUAGGGCAGCUCUCCUGUGGAUGAAGGAUGUGUCUGAUAAACUACACAACCCUGACUACCACAACCAGCUUACUAAAUACAGAGAGGCUCAGGUGACUGUGAAGGAUUCAAAACUGCGCUUUGAUAAACUUAAAAACGAUCUCUCUGAGAAGAUUGAUAUGGUGUUUGCCAGUCGCUGCAAUCUUCUCUCACGUUCUCUCCCCUUCUACCAAAAAGAACUCCUCUCGUUUUGCGACAAAUCUGCGAAUGCUUUCCACAAGAUUCUAGUGGACUUGCGGUCCCAUCAUCAUCACCAGUAUAAGGUCAAACGUCUACUCGAAGAAAUACGAGAUUUAGAAUCCGAAGAAACGCCACUUGCCCCGGAAAUGGAGCUCCCAGCUGACGACGAUGACGACGAACCAUUACUAGACAUCGGAGCUGAUGUAUUUGGAGAGGCUUCUCUGACCAUUCCAAGCCCCACCCUCACGGGGGAGAAUGUAGCCACUGUGCAGGAUGGCGGUGUUUUACCGCAACGUGAAGUGGACCCGUUUUCAUUUGAAAGAAUUCUCGAAGAGGCUGGAGUGAGUGACAUGCAGCUAGGUGGGAGCGGAGCUAGUAUACAAUCAGAGCUCAUGCAACAUAACACUACUGCUAAUGGGGAGAACACCACUCGACCUUUAAACCCUGAACCUGCUCAACCGACCACAGAAGAACCUUCGCUGGAUGAAAUAGACAAUCUUCUCAACUUUGAAGAAACUUUGGACAAAACACAAACCGAGCAAACGAAGGAAGAAGUUCUCGAUGAAUGGGGUAGCUUUUCUGCAUUUAUGUCGUCAGAUCAAAAAGAAACCGACAAUCCACACUCUGGCUGGGAGAAAGAAUUUACGGCCUCUAAACAAGACUCAGGGAUACCUGAUCUUCCCGUUGACACUCCACAACAGCAGCUGUCGAGCAAAGACAAAAUGCCGAGUACGUCAGAACCAAAUAUUUUACCACUGCUAGGGGACGAGGACGUACUCAGUAACUUACUCUCGGACGAUCUCAAGCUGUUAGGACUCACUUCUCUAGAACCCACCAAGCAGCAAGGGCAGCUCUCUUCUGGUCUAGAAUCUCUCGAUCCACUUAUGUUUCAAGCCAGCCAACCCCAGUCCCCUGUGCCUCUUCCUACGGCAUCGCCCUCACUUCCACCAUUGAUGCCUCAACCGCCCUCUGUGUUCAGGUCGCCCCUGGCUGCCAGUCAGUCGCCUAUUCUACCACCAACCUAUCUCCGUCAGGGCGAGGCAACAAAGGGCCCAAUGAAAGGUGGGGCAUCCCCUAAGAAAGCAGUGAAGAAAGACGAUGGAAAAGGAUCUGCUUGGAUGAACGUGUUUGCACACUUGGACCCUUUAGCGAACGAGAAAGCUUAGCUAGUGUUUUAAAUUAAUAAUCAGAAAACAGACUAAUGCCUUACACAUGUAUCAUUUUUCCAUUGAAAUCAA